UUCGCCAGGUUUUUUGUUCCAGGAUGAUUACCGAUGGAAGGAUGAUAGAAAGGAUACAAAAGGAAUAACCAAUCGGCUCCCCCCCCUCAAAAAGGAAGAUAUGAAACAAAACGUUAAAAAGGUGAUUAAUGAGAAAUAAUCGAAAGAGCGAACAGCCUUGUCAUAAUAUUAUACAACGAUGGAAUAAAAUAAUAAAGUGCUCUGGAAAAUCGCACGCUACCCCAACCCAAAACACCCCCGUCUCCAACGAGAAAAAAGGAACCGGGUUGGAAAGGAAACAAAAAGUAAAAAAAGCUAUCAACAGGAUAUCAAUGUCAUCGUGA